AUGCGAUGGACUGCCGAAGAUGCCAAGAAGGCGAUUGCACGCAUGCUUGCAGCCGAGGAGAGUUCUUCUCUUGCUUUAGCAGCAGGUGAUGCUUCGCCUGCUGUUGCGAUUCAGCAACAGGAAGUGCCUGUUGAUGAUUAG